AUGCCUGCCAAGAACAUAAUCAUCAAGGACCAAGAAACUGACUCCACGAUACCCCAAAAUAAGAUUCGACAUAUGAGACAUCCUAUUAUAGCAACCAGUUUCAACUUCAUCCACCUAUCCUCCAGUACAUGCUUGACGGCUCUAUUUCCCGAUAGCCACAAUUCAUACAACGGCAGUACAUCGGCACUUGGAGAAUCGAUUGACGGGACGGGACAUGUCGGUGCCACAGGCCAUGAUCGCUGGAUUGAAGCCAUGCAUCAGCAAUGCAGCUAG